ACCACUGUUUACGACGGAGGCUACGCAAAGUACGUAGCGCGUCUUUGUUGUUGUUGUUGUCGAACGACUCCAUCGCCGCGGUGCCGAUUGCUCUCAGUCGUUUUCGAUUUUCCAUCCGUUGCGUUUUUUGCCACCGGCGACGCGCACCGUCCGCAUCGCAUCGUGACCAUUGUUUAUUCGUUUUUGAAAUUUAUUAUUUGUAUCGUUUCCGCCGUCCGCGCAAGACGACGGCCGCGAAUCGACAUUUGAGUAUAUUUUUGCACGUAAGUAGGCAUUCACGAAACUAGCGCGCGCUUGUCGACGGAGAAUCUAUUAUACUAUACGGGUGUAUAAAUAAUAUUGAUACGCCGUAGUAGUGCUAUAAUAUAAAAAUUAUUGACAUUAUCGUUAUUGUUUUUUUUAUUAAUUCGGCGUCACUAAACUCAUAACGCGAUAAUAAUAUUGUUGUAUUAUUUCCACAACACCGACCGAUCGCGUAUCGUGACGUCGUCGCUAUUGCUGUUUCGGCGAUUUUCUUUCGUCCGUCCCGCGUGCGACAGAAAAGCGGAAGAAAAAAACAUUGUUCGCUGCCCGUCAGUGCGGUACCGUGUAGUAAUAUCGUAUUAUUGUUAUUAUCGUCAUUAUCGUUGUUGUUUCAAUAACAGUGCGCUCGUCGUGCGUCGUCGUUCGGUCCAAUUCGAUCUUGUCGGCCGACUAGCACACACGCCAGGCCCGCAGCCCGUGCUGUGCGUGCGUGGCGGACUCGCCAUCCCGAACGCGACGAAGAACAUUUGCCGUCGACGUCAUUAUCAGAGACGAAGACGAAGAAGACGUACCCACGCGCCACAAUAUUCGUCGCCGAUAGGUUGACAUUGCUCAUUAAAUAUUAUUCAAUGCAAAUCAUAAAUAUGUACAAACCAAUUCGCCCAAGAAGAAACAGCUUACCAAGCAAUGUACAUAGAAGUAAAACAAAAAAUUUACCUAAAGCAGAGUUUAGUCCAGCUAAAAAUUCUAAAGUGAUUCAUGAAUCAAAAAAACCCAAAUCAAAAACGCCUAUUUGCGUUAAAAAGCUAAAUUAUAAUGAAUCACAUACAAAGAAUGUUAGGAAAUUUACGGAUCAUAGUUUGUCGGAUGGAGAUGAAAUUGUGGACAAUAAAGCAAAUUUUCAUAAAGUAGCUAAAAACAACCAAAUAAUAAAAGAUAAAAGACCUCAUUUGUUAUGCUCUCAGCCUAUUGACACUCCUACUAGACAUCUACAAGAAGUGCCAUUACAUCACACUCCUCCAUCGUAUGAAUCCCCACAAAAAUAUGGUCCUUACAAGAAAUUUAAAGAAGAUGAUAUAGAGCAAUUGGUUAUUGAAAAAUAUGCCUUGCUCAAACAACUUAUGAACAUCGAUGAACGAUGCAGCUCACCUAAUGGUGAUAACUUUUAUGCUGGUGCCAAAUUCAACAAUUGUCCAUCUCCUGGAGAUUUGCCAUUGCCACCCAUGCAAUGGCUUAACUCUUGUCAAGCACAAGCAAAAUCUAUGCGUCGAAAAUCACCUCUUAUCUUCAACAUAACUAUAUAAGAUAUUCUUCAGAAUAUGUUUUGACAAAUGUUUUUUUUUUUAUUAUUAUUAUUUGAUUUUACAUUAUAACGCUUAUUGUGAUUUUUUUCACUAUAGUAUAUUCCCCUCCACUUAAUUAUGUUACCCCCUCAUCCCCAUAUUCAUGAUGAAGUUGUCUUUUAAAUAUUUUCAACAUUUUAGUUCUAUUUUUUACAUUAUCAUAUGUUAAUAACUUUUAUUUUAUCUUAUCAGUCUCUUUUUCUUAACUAAAUUUUUUAAUCUUAAGUAUCAUAAUUAUUUAAAUGUAAAGUUGUUUUUUAAUUAUUUAAUUUUUUUUUUUAUUGUUUUUUGUGACAAAACUCAUCAUGGACUGAUUUUUGCAUCAGUAUCUAGUCACUUAUUUAGGUGAACUAAAAGUUUAUUGCAAUACAAAUACUAGUACAUAGAUAGUUAUGAAAGUUAUUAUUUUAAACUGCUAUAUAAUAUAAUUGAAUUGAAUUGCUGAUUGGUUGUAAUAUUUAUGAAAAUCAAAUCUACGUUUAAUAAGACAAUUUUUAUAUAUACCUCGUUGUAUUAUCAAUCAAUAUGUUAUUUCAUCAAACCCACCCCACCCAAUAUUUAAAUUAAAAAAAAAAAUUAUGUUAAGUAAAAAUAAUUCAUUUGUUAAUGUGAUAUUUGUGAUAAUAAUGAAAUCAGCGAUUCAAUUUUUAUUUUUGUCAGUAAUUGGUAAAAUUUGUAUUUGAAUUAAAAACUAUGAAAUUCAAAGAAAAUUAUAACAUAAAGUAUAUAUACAUCAGUUCAAUCAGAUGUAUAUGGAACUCUUCAUCGUUCCUUUAAAUGUUACCUUUUUAUUUAAUAUUUAUUCAUAUUUUAAUUUAACUACCAAUUUUAUAAAUAAUGAACACAAGCAUGUGAAAAAAAAAGUUAAAAUAAAUAUUACUUCAAAUACACUUUUUACCCUUCUCUGAUAUUAUUUAAGUGCAAUUGUGAUACAGAACAAUAUUAUUUUUUUUAAGGUUUACUUACCAUAAUUAUAUUACAUAUAGUGAGCCCUUAUGUGUGUUGUAUCUUGUGAAUGUUGUAACUUUUGGAAAGAUUAAACGAAUGUAUAAUGUUUAAAAGAUAGAUUGUUAAAAAAAAAUGCGAAAGAAUUUCAAUUGUAUGUCAACCUCUCUUAAGUAUAAUUAAUAAGUAUUGUAGUUCAAUAUCACAGAUUAUUAUAUACUAAUUGUUUAUCAAAAACUAUUCCACCGACUGUAUCAAGUAGAAUAGAUUCAGUGUAUUAAUGUGUUAUAGAGGUUGGUACGUAUUUCAUAUCUAAGAUCUUCAUACGAUCAAAAAUGUAAAUUGCUAUAAGUGAUAAUUUAAAAAAAAAAGAAUGUAAAACAGCAAUAUGCUGUUCAAUUGAUAACAAUUCAUGUGUAUUUAAUAUGUUGUCACUUAUGCAAUAUUAAUUUUUGGUAUAGAUUUUCGCUAUAAAUAAUAUUGACAUACAAAAUGUGUGAUUAAAAUAAUGGGCACAAACCAUAUCCCAUUAAACUCCUUAUGUUGAGCAUUAGGCAUUAAUCUGUUAAGUUAGAUCGGUAAUGAAUAAUUCUUCAAAUUAGUUUUAAGGAACACAGUAUGUGUCUGUUUUAGUGGCUAUCCUAUUAUUGUUGAUAUUAUACAUAUUAUAAGGAAUGUGGCCAUUGGUGUGAUAUUACUGUGUUAUUUUUUUAUGAUAAAUUAUUUUAUUAUUGUUUAAAAAUAUAUGUUAAGAAUAUUAAUGUUGAAUUGGAAUUAUUUUUUCUGUGAAACUGUUACAGUUAAAAAAAUUAAGUAUUCCAAUCCAUUAUGUGUAAGAUGAAUCACCAAUAUUCAAAUGUAUUUUUAUUUACUUAAAUUGUUUUACAAAUAUCUUUAAAAUUGUUAUUAAUGUUAAAACAUUUAGUAGUGUAUUCUUUUUCAAUUAGUGUAAUAAUUCAACUCAAUACUAAUUUUUUUUUUUUAUCAUUAACUUUAAGAAAAAAUGUAAAAACCAAAAAAAAAAAAAAAAAACAAAAAAAAAAAAAAAACAAAAAAAAAAUAGUAAUUAUAAUAAUGAAAUACAGCCAUUCCUAAGCUGUUAGUAUUCCUUAUACGAUCUCAUUCUUAUAACAAUACUACAAGUACACUAAAUAUAUUUAUUUAUUCCUUUCUUCAUCAGUUUUUCCAUCACAAUAAAACUAA